CUGUUACACGCUUUCUGACGUUCCACUAGGGAGGGCUUGAGACCUGACUGGAGAAGCACGGUUGUCUGACAAGAGACGGUUUCUUGGUCUGCUGCUAGCCUUGCGGUUUGAGUUCCAGAGUUAGAGCAAACGUGUUUGAUAGCUUCAUUAAUCUAUUGUAAAACUAAAUAGCUUCGAACUGUUAAACCGUCUGUUAAUUUGCACAAACUGUGGUAGCUAGCCGAACCCCUCAGACCGUUAACACAUUAUUUUGAGUGAAGAGGAGACACUGAGCUAGCUAUCUAUUUAAGACACGUAGAAAGCUAACCGGCUGGCUGGCAAGUACAUUUACUAAUUCAAACUUUCUACCUCAUCGGGGAGAGACACAUAACCGUUAUCCAGCGAUAUCAACAACUACCUUAUUGAACAUCUACCGUUGCAUUGAGAUAACAAGUACAUCUGCAAUAUUUUCGAAUUUGGGCACCAUGUUUAAACGGGAUGGAAAGAAGGACCCAGAACUAUUCCAAAAUGUCUCUGAAGGGCUGAAAAAACUGUACAGGACCAAACUCUUUCCAUUGGAAGACACCUACCGCUUCCACGAUUUUCAUUCACCCGCUUUGGAAGAUGCCGACUUUGACAACAAGCCUAUGGUGCUCUUGGUUGGCCAAUACUCUACAGGUAAAACCACCUUUAUCCGGCAUCUAAUGGAGCAAGAUUUCCCCGGCAUGCGGAUAGGGCCCGAACCGACCACCGACUCCUUCAUAGCGGUCAUGCAUGGAGAGCAGGAGGGGCUGAUCCCAGGCAACGCACUAGUAGUUGACCCCAAGAAACCCUUCAGAAAACUCAACGCUUUUGGCAAUGCUUUUCUUAACAGGUUUGUGUGUGCUCAGAUGCCCAACGCUGUAUUGGAGAGCAUCAGCAUCAUCGACACCCCAGGAAUCCUUUCUGGAGAGAAGCAGAGGCUCAGCAGAGGUUAUGACUUUGCUGCAGUGCUGGAGUGGUUUGCAGAACGCGUUGACCGCAUCAUCCUGCUCUUCGACGCCCACAAGCUGGACAUCUCAGAUGAAUUCUCUGAGGUGAUCCGUGCCCUGAAGAACCAUGAGGAUAAGAUGCGGGUGGUUCUGAACAAGGCUGACCAGAUUGGCACGCAGCAGUUGAUGAGGGUCUAUGGCGCCCUCAUGUGGUCUCUUGGUAAAAUUGUUGGCACUCCAGAGGUGAUCCGGGUGUAUAUCGGUUCUUUUUGGGCUCAGCCGCUCCUGGUCCCAGACAACCGCAAGCUUUUUGAGGCUGAGGAACAGGACCUUUUCAAGGAUAUUCAGGGGCUGCCUCGGAAUGCUGCUCUGAGGAAGCUCAAUGACCUCAUCAAGCGGGCUCGCCUCGCCAAGGUUCACGCUUACAUUAUCAGCUCUCUAAAGAAGGAGAUGCCCAAUAUGUUUGGGAAGGAUAAUAAGAAGAAGGAGCUGAUUGCCAACCUGGGGGAGAUCUACACAAGGAUUGAGAAAGAGCACCAGAUCUCACCUGGAGACUUCCCCAAACUAGCUAAGAUGCAGGAGAUCUUGGCAAACCAGGACUUCAGUAAGUUCCAGGUGGUGAAGCCCAAGCUGCUGGAGGCUGUUGAGGACAUGCUAGCCAAUGACAUCGCCAAACUCAUGACCCUUGUCCGCCAGGAGGAGGCAGCCAUGCCCAGCCAGUCAGUCCAAGGUGGUGCCUUCGAGGGCACCAUGAAUGGGCCCUUCGGCCAUGGCUACGGCGAGGGUGCAGGCGAGGGCAUUGAUGAGCUGGAGUGGGUAGUGGCACGAGACAAACCCACCUACGAUGAGAUCUUCUACACCCUGUCUCCUGUCAACGGCAAAGUGUCUGGUGCCAUGGCCAAGAAGGAAAUGGUGAAGUCCAAGCUGCCCAACACAGUGCUGGGGAAGAUCUGGAAGCUGGCUGACGUAGACAAGGACGGUUUCCUGGACGACGAAGAGUUUGCCCUUGCCAAUCACUUGAUCAAGGUGAAGCUUGAGGGUCACGAGCUUCCCACUGACCUGCCAGAACACCUUAUCCCCCCCUCCAAAAGGGGACUGUAGAAUUGGAAAUCUGUCAUAUAUGGCAUUGGAAUCGGCCUGAACAAGUAGAAUGGUGCUUAGAGGUGUUUGGGAGAGCUGGGUGGGUGGGUGGAUGGGAUGAGCUAAAAGGGAAAGGGUUAGUAUUUUUGGCCAGGGUAAAUGUGACUGCUAAGUGGGUGUUUGAUAGCAAACUGUCUAGAUAAGGUGUUGUGGGGUAUGGGAAUGUGACAUAAAUUGUGGUGUUGGGGUUAAAGUAAUGUUAGCCUGUAUAUGACAAUUGGGAUAGUCCAUUCAAAAUAGAAAGAGAAAUAAACAUGUUUAACUUAUUCAUCA